AUGCGUGUGCACACUUCCCUGACAAAUGUGAGCGGACGUAUAAUUCAUCCCCCAGAAUUGAAGAUAGGUGAUAGACGUGGUCAGAUUAUUAGUCUGCCACUGAGUCCAGCGAAAACUUGGUGGAAUCUAAAUGAUAGAUCAAUGGUGGAAGGCAAGCCACUUAAGUGUUGGGGCAUUCUUUUCUUUUAUAAGCAUGGUAAACAAAAAUUUAAAAGCGAACAGUUCAUUGAAAAUCUUACUAAAAGGUAUACAGCUUUGGGCAUUGGCAUGGAGAAGCCCGCUUCGUAUGAAGAAUAUUGUAUUUCGACACUUAGCAAUUACGCUUCGCUGUUUGAAUUACUUAAAAGAAUUAAUGGUCAGGUUCGAGAGAAAUGUGGACAACGGCUGCAGUUCCUUCUUUGUGUGAUGGGCGAAAAACAUUCAGGUUACAAGUGCCUCAAAUGGAUUGCUGAGACCAAAGUUGGGAUACUGACACAAUGCUGCUUGUUUUCUCAUGCUAAUAAAGGGGCUGAGAAUUUUCUUUCAAAUCUUGUCCUCAAGAUAAAUGCCAAAAUUGGAGGAAGUAAUGUAGAGCUCAUGAAUAGGCUCCCAAACUUUGACGGUGAAGGUCAUGUUAUGUUCAUAGGGGCUGAUGUUAAUCAUCCAGCUUCCCGGGACAUCAACAGUCCAUCAAUUGCUGCUGUAGUUGCCACUGUUAAUUGGCCUGCUGCAAAUAGCUAUGCCACACGUGUUUGUGCUCAAGGUAAUCGGGUUGAGAAAAUUUUGAAUUUUGGGAGAAUUUGCCAUGACCUAGUUUCAUAUUACAAUAGGGUGAACAAAGUCUGGCCAGAAAAAAUUGUUAUCUUUCGUGAUGGCGUGAGCGAAAGUCAAUUUCAUAUGGUUCUCACGGAGGAGUUGCAAGAUUUGAAAUCAGUGUUUCGUGAUUCAAAUUACUUCCCAACCAUCACUCUUAUUGUUGCACAAAAGAGACAUCAAACUCGAUUUUUUGACAAGGAGCGAUUAUCAAAUUUGAAUCCUGGAACAGUUGUUGACACAGAAGUAGUACAUCCUUUUGAAUUUGACUUUUACCUCUGUAGUCACCAUGGGACGUUGGGUACAUGCAAGCCCACUCACUAUCAUGUGUUAUGGGAUGAGCACAAGUUUACAUCUGAUGAUUUGCAAAAACUGAUAUACCAUAUGUGCUUUACCUUUGCAAGGUGCACUGGACCUGUAUCUUUAGUCCCUCCAGUGUACUAUGCUGAUCUUGCUGCAUAUAGAGGCCGGUUAUACUAUGAAGCAAUGUAUGAAAUCCAACCUCCUGCCUCUUCCGCUACUGCAUCUUCUUCCUCAGUUUCUACCCAAGGCUCAAGUUGUACUAUGGGGAGGGGAGAGCUAGAGUAA